AUGUCGAAGGCGCGGAGUGCAGCCUCGAGGGACGGCGGCGGCAGGCAGGGAGGCCAGCAGGGACGGCGGACGGCGGACGUCUUCCUCCUGCUGCUGGCCUUGCGCAUCGCCAACGCCCUCAUUGUGCAGACGUUCUUCCAGCCAGACGAGUUCUUCCAAUCGCUCGAGCCCGCAUGGGGGAUUGCUUUUGGCCGGGACAGUGGCGCCUGGAUUACAUGGGAAUGGGAGCACCAGCUGCGGUCGUCGAUUCACCCGUACAUCUUUGCCGCCGUCUACAAGGCGGUGGAUGCUGCCUCCGGCGUGCUCCAACUCUCCCCUUUACGGCGGGGUGACCUUCUGAUAGCAGGCCCCAAGGUUGUCCAGGGCUUCAUUUCCGCCGUGGGGGAUUAUUAUACCUGGAGGUUGGGCAGGAGAAUAUACGAUGGCAGGCCAGAGAGCACCUGGAUUCUAGGGUUGGCAGUGUUGAGUCCGUGGCAGUGGUUCUGCUCUACCCGGACGCUGUCAAACUGUCUGGAGACCUCUCUUACUGUCACGGGCCUGUAUCUAUGGCCGUGGCAGUGGUCUCUCCCCGGGAGACGGCCGUUGGUGACCGGUAGAGACGUUACUAGGUAUGCAUAUGCUACGCCCCAUCCAUCUCUGCAUACACAAACAACUAACAGGUCUAGUCUGAGGGCAUGUCUGCUUGUUGCCUCGCUGGCAUGCGUCCUACGCCCGACUAAUACCAUUAUAUGGUUCAGCCUGGCAGUCAGUCUGGCAUAUACCACUUUCCGCCAGAGCCAGGUAUCGCGGCUGCCGUGGACCAAGUCCCUAGAGCCGCUCAUCAUUCUUCUUAGGGAAUGCGUCCUCUGCGGUUCGUCCAUCCUGGCUAUCUCUGUUCUGGCGGACCGUGCUUAUUACGGAACAUGGACGCUUCCGCCGUUCAGGUUCCUCUAUUUCAAUGUAAUCCAGUCUCUUGCCGUGUUCUACGGUAAAAAUGACUGGCACUACUAUCUCUCGCAGGGAUACCCGCUUCUGCUCAUCACUGCUCUCCCGUUUGCCUUCAUCGGCAUGUUUCAGUCGUUGUUCAUGACAUCGGAUCAAUCUUGCUCUACCAGUCUGGCCACAACAGUCAGACGGCAGCUAUCAGUUGCCUGCAUUGCCAUGCCGGCAAUCCUCUCUCUUGUCCCUCACAAGGAAGUCCGUUUCAUAUACCCUAUCUUACCCUGUCUUCACAUCCUGGCAGCCGCUCCGGUAUCCAACUUCUUCACUCCCUCUAUAUCUUCCGCUUCGGGAUCAUAUACCCCCCGGAGACUACUCCUGAUAUUUCCUAGUGCUAUACGAGCCUUCCCGCGCCUCACCGUCGGAUUUCUGAUGCCAUGCCAUAGCACUCCCUGGCGGUCACAUUUGGUAUCUCCUCACAUCCGCGCCUGGGCUCUGGGCUGUGAACCACCCGUCAACCUUUCCCCCGAGGAAAAAGCCACCUACGUCGACGAAGCGGACCAGUUCUACAACAACCCUACUGAAUUCCUAUCCCAGAAUAUGGCCAGUACUGGAAUACUUUCUAAACAUUUUGCAUCUGCUUCCACUCCCAAGAAUGACUGGCCAGACUACCUCGUCUUCUUCUCCCAUUUAGAACCAACAAUUAAACAAUUUCUUCGUUCGUCUUCAUACGCUGAAUGCUACCGCACUUUCAACACGGCCUGGCAUGACGACGCACGCCGAAAAGGGGACGUAAUAGUCUGGUGCCGUGAUCCAAAGAUCCAAUCAGACUGGCGAACCAGCCAGAUUCGCAAAACUAUUCCCCAAAGCGAGCAAUCCUCAGGCCAGCAGCAACAACAACAGCAACGUAGUUUCGACCGGAUUAUCGAUGUCUUAGCCAGAGAACGAGACAGCACGGCUAAGCCACAGCCAGAGUCAUCAUGGAUUCCUUGGUGGAGCGGCAGCAGCAGCAGCGACACGCCAGACACAAAGCAUAAACAAGGCCUGCUCUCCUCAUUCCCGACCUCGUUUUCGCUUCCUUCCAUAUCCAUCUCGUCUCCGUUUUCGUCAUGGUCGUCGGGUAAACAACGGCCCCAACAAUGGAACUGGCCGUGGCAGCGCCGACGCAAGGCGCCCAUCUUCCGACUGAAAGACAACAUUGUCUCGAUGUAUCAGAGGAUGACGGCCCGGCGGCAGGCAGCGAAUGCCCAGCGUGAGCUGUGGUCGUGA